AGGACCAGCUCCUGGGAUGGUGCUGUCCCUCUUACACUGAGGGAAUCUAGGCAUGCCCAGAGCCUUGCCUAUCCCACAGGGAAGGCGAGGGAGAAGAUGGAGUCAGAGCCCCUCUACAACCUGUUGCAGCUCCCAAAGGAGGUGGAUCAACCCACGGAGGAGGAACUCCCACGAGGAGAGAAGAAGAAAUACCUGCCUCCCAGUUCUCGGAAGGACCCCAAGUUUGAAGAACUGCAGAAGGUGCUGAUGGAGUGGAUCAACACCACACUCCUUCCAGAGCACAUCGUUGUCCGCAGCCUGGAGGAGGACAUGUUUGAUGGACUCAUUUUGCACCACCUGUUCCAGAAGCUGGCAGCCCUCAAGCUGGAAGUGGAGGAAAUCUCUCUGACCUCAGCCAGCCAGAGGCGCAAGCUAGGGGUCAUCUUGGAGGCCGUCAACCAGAGUCUGCAGGUUGAAGAGCAACAGGCCAAGUGGAGUGUGGAGACUAUCUUCAACAAGGACCUGCUGGCCACCUUGCAUCUCCUGGUGGCCCUGGCCAAACACUUCCAGCCGGAACUGCCCCUUCCAGACAAUGUCCAGGUGGAAGUCAUCCACAUUGAGAGCACCAAGACCGGCCUGAAGUCAGACAAGCUGGUGGAGCAGCUCACAGAAGAAUGCAGCUCACACAAGGACCAGCCUUCACAGGACACCUUUGAUGAAUUAUUUAAGCUGGCUCCGGAGAAAGUGCACACCGUCAAAGAGGCCAUUGUGAGCUUUGUCAACCAGAAGGUGGAGAGUCUGGGCCUGUCUGUGCAGAGUCUGGACACACAGUUUGCAGAUGGAGUCAUCUUACUCCUGCUGAUCGGACAGCUGGAAGGCUUCUUUUUGCAUCUGAAGGAAUUCUAUCUCACUCCCAGCUCUCCCACAGAAAUGCUGCACAAUGUCACCUUAGCCCUGGAGCUGCUGAAGGAUGAAGGCCUGCUCAACCACCCUAUCAACCCUGAAGAUAUUGUGAACAAGGAUGCCAAGAGCACACUGAGAAUACUCUACAGCCUGUUCCAGAAGCAUGCACUGAGGACAGAGGGUGCCGGGGUACCCCAUGGUACCCCAAACUAGUCACCUCUGCCUCCCCAAGCCAUUUCUCAGGACCUGCCACCCUUGGAGGAGCAGCAGUCCCAGAUCCUUCCAUGUGCCUUUGUCACUGUGGGUUGGUGGCACUCCCUCCCCCCCACACCUACCCUGCUCACAUGCACUCAUGGACUGAUACCUUUGACCCCACCAGAUGGGGAUCUGUUCUGAGCCCACCUCUGCUUUGCUCAGUGUAUUUUGACAGCUGUAUGAAUUGUAUUUUUUGGGGGGGGUGUGCUCUGGGUGCCUGUGGAUUCCUGGAUGAGCCUUUAAUUGUGGUGAAAAUACUUUGGUUCCCAGGCUAGACCAGCCCUCAGUAGCCCCCAGUCUAUUUACUGAGGCUAUAUGUGGAUAGUUAGUGGCUGCCCAGCCCGCCCCUCCCCCCCACAAAGCUGACUUUUCCCAGCCAGAUGCUCUUUGGCAUUAAGGCCUCAGUGAGCCCAGUUGUCUACUUUCCACUUGGCCCAGGGUCAUCACCCAAAGACCGGAGCCCCGUGAGGGAGAAGUGAAUUCAGUUUCUUGUCAGAGAAUCCUGGCCAGGCUAUCCCUACAGCUCUAGUUCUGACCUCCACCCCAAGCCCAAGGGAAGAAGCCUGUGGUUGGUUCCUAGGUUCAGGCUAUCUCUGGUCAUCCUCGGGGAGCCAUGAGCAUUCUGUCAUGUGAAACUUCGUGCCUUCUGCAGAGAGAGAAACAGCUGAAGAUCUGAGUUGGGCCCAUCGUGGCUGGAGGAGAAGCUGUGGUAGGAGAUGCAAGGCAUGGGGUGCAGAGAUGCAGACAUAAUAGGGGUGUAUGGAUUCAGGGGUGCAGGGAUGGCCUUGGGUGGUAUAGUGGGACAGCUCUGCUUUGGGGGACUCUGGAGCUUAGUCUGGACAGGACAGGCCACCCCUCCCAAGUGAGUGGGUGGAGCUAGGAGUGACCUGGGGCACUAGUGUCUGAUGUGAGGGGUCUAGAGGCUCUUCCCUCCACCCAGCUCCAGUCCACCUGUUCCCUUGCCUACUCAUAAGUCUUACAGUGGGGGUCCAAUCAGAUAUCUCCUUUGUCCUACAGCCUCCGGGACAUGUCCCACUCCCGUGGUGGGGGCAUCUUCACAGUAGCUGGGGCCUAAUUGCCUCUACCUUAGGUAACCCCUCCAUGAAGGCCUUCCUCUAGGCCCCAUUUGUUCUCUCUGGAGCAUCCUGAGCAUCCAUGCUCAUCUCCUGAGCUCUUGACCUACUGGACUAUCUGGCCCCUCCAUGUCCUCACUUCCAUGUCCCCUCCUCCUGUCUGAUAGCAAACUUAAAUCAUAAUAAUGAUACUUUCUGUAAUUUUAUUGAAGGAUAACUAGCAUGUCCCAGUUUAAAUGUACAACUUAAUGACGGUUGACAAGCAUAUGCAGUCACAAGCCAUUCACCCGAUGUCCCAGCCUUCUGAGCCCUGCCUUUAGAAGCAGCCGAUCCACUUUCUGUUACUGUCAUUUUAUCUUUUCUACAUCAGAAACUGCAUCAGAGAGGAAGUAGUCUUCCAUGUGUGGUUUCUUUGCCCUGGUACCAUUCUGCCAUCUCCAAAGUGACCACACAGCCCAUCCCUCUGCUUGCUGGCCACAGGACCCUCAGUGGGUGCCAAUCAUUCACUCACGCAUUUGCUGCCCACAAAGCCUGAGGGUUCUUUGUUUAGUUUUUAUGUAGUCUGUGGGGGAUGCUAUUCAUGUUUUUCAGAUUGCUGUGCAUGCUCACAUCUUUGUCUGGAUGCUUCCUUUCACUCGGCCUGGGUAAAUACCCACGGCUGACAUGACUGAUUCAUACAUGAUAGUAUAUUUUAUUCUGUAAGAUACUGUAAAAGGGUUUGGAGAAAUAAAUAUACUGUUUUCAUUGCCACUUGCAAUG